CAUCUAUUCUUAUCUUCCCUUGGCCCUCCAUCUCUGUACUCUCUCUCCAUUUAUGGGUGACCUAUAAACCUCAUCCCUGCUGCCCCCUCCUCUUCGCCUGUCCCAACCAUGGCGAUUCCUGUUCACCCGGCGGGGGCCCACGGUCAGACCCCUGCCACAACACACUCCUCGCCAGCCCUGGAGCACUCCUCUCCGACCAUCCAUUCCAGUUCCGACAGCGAGGGUCCCAUUGUCCCGGACGCCGCCCGGGAAGAUGAAGCCAACAACGUGAUCGGUGUCAGUAUCAGCCGCACCCAAAGCCGGAUGAAGGCACGUCUUACGCCGGCGGAGGAGAAAAGUCGAGUGAUGGAACGGCACGGCGGCUACUUCGAGCCGAUUCCCGACAGCGCAGAUUCGGACGGUCUCUUUGCAGCUGAGAUCACCGAUGAACCGGACAAUUUGCCCGAGGAACCUGCGCGCAAGCCGGUGCAAGCCCCGGCUCCUGCGUCACGGCAGAAAGCGUCGCAACCCGAUGGUUUACGGGUGUCGAAGGACACUGGUUCUCGGACCAGUUUCACCCGCUCGAUCUUGAAAAACGGGCUGCCAUUGCGGCCCCGGGCGUGGUCCGGCGACUCAUUGACCAAUAUCAAGUUCAAGAAGUUCCUGCCAGAGAAGUUCCUACCAGACAAGUUCUUGCCAGACCUGUGGACCCGGCGUUCGUCGCUUUCCCUCCGACCCGGCUCGUCAUCACAGAUCCGGUCCCGCAGUCAGACCCUGAAACCCAGAUCGAAGCUGUCGCUGGACCUGGGCAAGAGAUGUCCGACGCCACGGCCCCGGCGCCAGUCAUAUUCGGAUCCGGAUUCCAGUAGAGAUAGCCCGGAGGAGCAAUUGUCUGAUCUCGACCCGCUCGGAGGCGCAUCGACCGCCAGGCACUCGUAUGCUCGAAGGCCCAGUGCGACUGUCUCGGGGGCGCCUCCCGUCCUGCGAAGAACUUCGUCGGACCAAUCCCUGUACCUGAGGGCGUCAUCAACGGCAUCGUCUCUGGAACAACGACCCCGCUACGAGCAUAUCCAUUCGCAGGUCAACAGUCGGUUCAAGGCUAUCAAGGACAGUCUUCAAGAUUCCAGCAGCCGCCUGCUUAGCAUGCCCCAGCUGCACUUGCAGGACCUGCGGAGCGAUUGGGGCUACAAGCCGUUCAUGUCCGAUGUAGCCCAUCGCAAGGGCCACACAUACGCCACCCCGGAAGAUCCGCCCGAGGCACGAGAGAUGACCUCCGAUGAUCUACCGCCGCCCCGGGCCCGCUCGCCGCGGUCCAGUAUCAGUGUGCAGCACCCCAUGUUGACAGACGCCAUGUCCGAAAUGACGGGCGACGUUGUCAUCCUAGGCGGCUAUCGGGGGUCUGUCUUGCGGUCGGCCAAGCCACCGCAGCGCCAGCUGUGGGUUCCGAUGAAAGUCGGUUUGAAUCUGAGGAAGGUAGACCUUGAGGUCGGCUUGAACCCAGAGGACGAAGAGCGUAUGGAAGAGACCAUCAUCCCAUCCGGUGUUCUGUCGCAUGUUGGCCCAGUCGAUAUCUGUCGUCGCCUGAUGAAGCGUCUUCAAAAGUGUCCAAAUGCCGUCAACGGCGACCUCCGAGUGUGGGAUUACGGCUAUGACUGGCGGUUGAGUCCCCAUCUAUUGGCAAAACGGCUGAUCAAAUACCUGGAGGGCCUGCCCAGCAACUCCCCGGACGUUCCCCGCGAAAAACGAGGGGCCUACGUGAUCGCCCACAGCCUCGGAGGUCUCAUCACCAGACAUGCCGUGAAUCAACGGCCCGAUCUCUUUGCAGGGGUUCUUUACGCUGGUGUGCCGCAACACUGCGUCAAUAUUCUGGGCCCUCUGCGUAACGGUGAUGACGUGCUGCUCAGUUCCCGCGUCCUCACGGCACAGGUCAACUUCACCUUCCGUACCAGCUUCGCCCUCCUUCCUGAAGACGGUCAUUGCUUCAUCGACAAAAGCUCCAAGGAAGAGUACCGGGUGGACUUCUUCUCCGCCCAGUCGUGGGACGAACAUCGACUUUCGCCGUGCAUCAACCCUGCCCUCCCGCUUUCCAACGGCCGGGGUUUCAAGGACAACCUGCCUCUUCUCGGCAAGCGAAUCUCCACCGUCCUAAGCAGCAAGGAGAACCUGUCAUCGUCGGACGAUGCCUCUGGCGAUCCAAAGUCCCCGCGACCAGGCACUAGCGACACACGCAAUCACACGCGCAACCCCAAUGAAACCGCGAACCCGCCCUCCGAGUCAACAGGCAAACCCGCCCCAGUGGCUCCUCCACGGGUAGAAGGCCUAGUGGGUCCGACCUCCAAUCUACGAGGCUCCGCCAAUACCAAAGCCACAACCGCCACGACCAUCCCCCGCGCAACAGCCCUGACCUACCUCGAACGCACCCUCAGCGAAGUCAAACAGUUCAAGCAAGAACUCGAAUUCAACCCCUCGCAUCAGUCCCAUAACGAAUACCCACCGUUCGCGGUCCUGUACGGGAAAUCUGUCCCCACCGUCUACGGCGCCCGCGUCGAAUCGCGCGAACGCAUCAAGUACGAUGACGCGUACGAUGACCUGGCCUUCGCAGCCGGCGACGGCGUCUGUCUCGCCUCCGCCGCCAUGCUACCCACCGGGUACCGCAUCAUCAAGGGCGGGCUCGUAAAGAGCGAUCGCGGCCACGUCGGUCUCCUCGGCGACCUCGACGGUGUCGGCCAGUGUCUUCUAUCGUUGAUCCGAGGACGCAAAGAAGGCGUUGGUCUGGGCGACUCGCACCCUUUGACUUGACCUGACAUGACUCACAUGCCGACGCGCAAACCCACCAUAUAUCUCCCCUCUCCCCUCCCCCAGCACAUAUACACAACACACAACACACACAUAUAUAUAUAUCGCCUGCAUCUUUCCGGAAUACCUCCAUGCAU